AUGAGCUUUAUCGUCAGCCCUGUGAAGAGGCUUAAAUGGGGAUUUAUACCCAGGAAGAGAAUAGUGGAAGAUUUCGAAGAUUCUAAAGACAACAGUAUCGAUGAUAUAAUUGUUGUCAAAGAGGACGGCGAAACUAACGAGAAAAAGUCCCAAUCAUUAGAUAGUAAUUCGGAAAAAAGCUUAGACACAAAUGAUCAAGAAGUAGAAUUAGAAUAUCGUGAUGAGAAAAAUCGUAAAUGGUGGAAAUUUUUUGAUGAAUAUGAAUAUAGAAUCAAUAAGAAAGGUCGUUCCAAACAUAAGUGGUAUAAGUGGUUCAAUGAAACAGACACACCGGCUGAACGAAAAUUGAUUUUGAAACUUGACAUAUUAUUGACAUUCUACUCAUUAAUGGCUUACUGGGUCAAAUAUUUGGAUCAGACCAAUCUUAAUAAUGCCUAUAUUGGUGGAAUGAAAGAAGGACUUGGUAUGGAAGGAAAUGACUUGGUUAAUACUCAAGUAAUGUUCAGUGUGGGUAACAUUGUGUUUCAAAUUCCUUUUAUGUAUUUGUUAUAUGCUGCCCCUUUGAAUUUUGUAUUACCCUCAUUAGAUAUCUGCUGGUCCAUUUUGACAGUUUGCCUAUUCCGCUCUGGUAAUGUUAAAGGAUUGAAAGCUAUGAGGUUCUUUAUUGGGGCAUUUGAAGCACCUUCUUACUUAGCUUACCAAUAUUUAUUUGGUUCAUGGUACAAAGUUGAUGAAAUUGCUAGAAGAUCUAUGGUUUAUUAUUUUGGACAAUACUUAGGGCUUCUAACUUCUGGUUUGUUAUCUGGUGCCAUUGAGGAUUCGCUUCAGGGUAAAAAUGGAUUAGAUGCAUGGCAAUGGAUUUUCAUCGUUGAUGGUAUAGUAUCUGUUGCAGUUGGAGUAAUUGGUUUUUAUGUACUUCCUGGUACACCUUCUCAGUGUUAUUCUAUCUUUUUAACUGACGAUGAGAUUAGAUUAGCUAGAAGUCGUUUGAAGGUAAAUAAGACAGAAACGAACCCAAAGAAAAGAGUGUCUGAUUUAUUCGAUUUAAAACUUUGGAAAUCGAUUCUUUCAUCUUGGGAAAUCUAUGUAUUAAGUUUGUGGAAUAUGUUUUGUUGGAACAACAAUAACGGGAGUUCUGGUGCGUAUGCGUUAUGGUUAGAGUCUUUGCAUAGGUACGGAGAAGGGACUAAACAACGUAUGACAGCUUUAACUCCAGGAUUGGGUCUUAUAUGGCUUCUCUUGACAUGUUGCUAUGCUGAUUUGUUCCACAGUCGUUGGCUGGCAAUAAUAUUUUCGCAGGUUUUUAAUGUCACUGGUAAUGUUAUCCUUGCUGUCUGGGAUGUACCGGAAAGAUCUAAAUGGUUUGCAUGGUGCUUACAAUAUUUUGGCUGGGCAAUGGCUCCUGUGUUAUAUUCAUGGCAGAAUGAUAUAUGUCGUAGAGACGCAAGAAAGAGGGCUGUUAUUUUGGUUACCAUGAAUAUGCUUGCCCAGGCAUCCACAGCUUGGAUGUCUGUUAUUGUCUGGAAGACAGUAGAAGCCCCAAGGUAUUUGAAAGGUUAUACCUUUACUGCAUGCUGCGCCUUUCUGUUAUGCUUGUGGACGAUGGUUGUAUUGUAUUUUUACAAAAAAACUGAGAGAAAACACGCUAAAGAUAAUGGUAUCAUCCUUUAUAAUUCUGAUGAUUUAUCUGUGAAUGAUCCAGAACUGGUUCAAAUCAAGAGACAAGAGUAA